CGUACAUCCGCACCACUCAAAUGCAUUUGUUCUUUCCUGUGCAAAGUAGAAAAUUGCUAUUUUGAAACUCGAUCGCUACUUAUACAAGCAGAUACCAAACUUUAUUUGCCGGUGUAUUUGAACUGCAGCUUGCUGGCCGUAGAGGGUGUUCACGUUCAGCGCAUCGGGAUCGCCUUCGAAAUUCCAAAAUCCGAGCGUGAGACGCAGCUUCCAAGAUCUUUUUAACACGUGUACGCGCAGCAUCUUGUUCUGCAAUAACGCGAGUAGCCCGUCGCAUGUAUGAUCAGCCUGGCAUUUCUACAUCAUUACACUCAUUUCACCAUCAUUUUUUUCUUCAGUGCUUCGAUCGUGAGUAGAGUAAAGUUCUGCCUGAGGUACUAAACCUCUCCAGUUUGAUAAAUAUCACCCCAUAGAAAUAGACGACUCCUCUUUCGCCAUUGGGUUUUCAGCUGAAGAUCCAAUGCUGUGUAUGAUAAAGUGUCAAGAAAAGAAAUAGAUCGGUACCAACAUCAAAAUACCAUGGCGACCACCAUUUCGGAAAGCCCGAGCCGGCGAGAAGAAAGUAAGCGACUUCCACAGCUGUUGCGGGAUGGAUCCCUGGCCGAUUGCGUGACCGCGGGUAAUGCGGUCAGCGGCAUCUGUGCCAUCCUCGGGUGCAUGUAUGCGAGUAAGGAACAUCUCCGGGACGUGCUCACACGGAAAAACGACUCGGUUUUCUACACGGUACCGGAGCGGGACCUGGACCCGGCCUGGGCGCUGCGGGUCGCCUUCUGGUUUCUCCCCCUCGGGCUCGUGUGCGACAUCAUGGACGGCUUCGUAGCCCGGCUCCGGAAAGCCAGCAGCCCCUUCGGUGCGGUAUCGUAAGGAAAAAUCCCCCCUCCCCAUAUCGGAAACGGAAGACGCGCGAAUUUGUAAUGCUGUAUUUGAGUACACAAAUCCACUUGUAUUGCUAGAAGGCCAAGAGACGAAGCUGCGGCCUAAAUUGCAGGCAAUCUGUCAUGCUGUUUCCCACGUCCAGUUGCCUCCUGUCAUCCUGGAGCUGCAAGGCUUUCCCUCGCUAGACAGCACUACAGUCCGCAUCUUUUGCCUUCUAGCAUCACAAAGCUGAUUUGUGACCACAAAUCUGCAUCACAGAUUUCCGUUUUGAUAUGGGGAGGGGGCAUUUUUCAUUGUAAUAUGCGGACUUGGAUUCCCUCGCGGACCUGGUCACCUUCGGAGUUGCUCCCAGUGUGUUCGGGUUUGUCUUGGGCCUUGACGGGGGGUGGGACGCUUGCUGUCUGCUGUUUUUCUUGCUGUGCGGCGUCGCGCGGCUAGCGAGGUACAACGUCACCGCCUCGCUGCUCAGCGAUACGAAGACUGGACAGGUCUCCUUUUUCCAGGGUCUGCCCAUUCCCGCCUCGUUGUGGCUGUGCUUGUUUCUCUACAUCGAUUUCGAACUUUCACAAAAGGAUACCAGCACCAACUUGGCCUCAUCCGCUGCCGCUGGCCAAGCAGAAGAAAGGAUCAGUUUCUUCGGGGGCGCCGUCCAGUACUACUCUGAGGGUGCGGCCCGGAGUGCCGAGCAUUUCGGGCUAAGAUUAUUGCGCCCGGUAGUGCGAGUUUUCGGUUCACGACUGCACUUAUUCUCUCUGUGCUACCUGGCCACCGGGUCGGCACUCAUUUCCACGUUUCCUGUGCCGAAGCCAGACCUCAAUUGUCAGAGGCGAAAAGACACGCUACCGCAACGAAGCAAGAGUGCACAGAAAAGACUGGAAAAACACAUUGGAAAGCUGUAGAUUGUAAGUACCCUUGCAUCGAAAUCGACGAAUGUUUCUUGUCUUCUCAUUGCAUAGGAGGUCGCGAACAUGAUCAAAUGCCGACGAAAUACAAAUUGUAAUCAAGGGGAAA